AUGCUCGGAACUUACCAAACAUACCGAGAUCACUUCUUCUCCCAAUAUCCCGACUUAUAUCAAUCUAUAAUUAACCAAAACUCAGAAUUUAUCACAAAUCAAUCAACCUAUGCCUUAAACCAAUACGACACAAUAAUCGAAACAAUAAUCUUUUCAUUACAAUCCAUCCUUGCCAGUAACAUAAUUGACAUCAUCAAAACACAGUUAAACUUCCUUAAAAUAUUACCCUGCAUAAUACCUGCAAAUUUAAUAGCCAACCUAAGUUCAAGUCAAUAUCACUGUUAUCAAACAAUAACAAAUUACUUAGGCAAACGAGAUACUUCACAUUACCCAUACUUUUUCAUUACCGGAUCAGCUGGUAACGGAAAAUCAUUUAUGAUUCAUGCAUUUCUAGAAUACUUUCAAAGAAUUCACCGAAAUUACUUAUUAAUGGCUUCAACAGGAAUUGCCGCUCUUAAUGUAGACGAACAAGUUUGGAAUACGUUAUCUCAAAAAUUAUCUGAAACUAUUCAAUUACCUCAACCAAAUACAACUCUUAAUACUACUCACAUAGUAGGCUAUCGUGAAACUGCCGAAUUAAUCAAUAGAAUAAUUUGUGCCUCGAUUCCUACUCAUGAAGAUAAAAUUUUAAUUUCAGAAAGUAUCGAUAUCGUAGACGGCCAAAUAUACUCUUCCAAUUCAAGAAACUGUGACUUUGCAAACAAUACAAACCUCACUAAUACUAUUAGAAUCCAACCUGAAGCAAGGGUAAUGUUUUUAAACAACUCCCAAUACAAACACGGCAUAGCCAACGGAGCCAUAAUUAAUACUUCAUUCACUAAAUAUACCCACAACUUCUAUCUAAACGGCUCACCUGCCAGCCGCACACAAUACCCCAUACAGAAUGCAUUCGCUCUUACAGUACACAAAACACAAGGAUUAACGAUUCCUGACGUAUCAUUAAAUUUAAAUAAUCAAAUCUUUGAAUACGGACAAGCAUACGUAGCAUUAAGCCGCUGCACAAAAUGGGAACACGUAAAAAUUCAAUCGCUUGAUCGUAACGCAUUUAUUAUUAACCAGUCAAUGAUCAAUGAAUAUGAACGACUUGAAUCCAAAUCCCGUCAACCGCUACCACUAAAUAAUUAA